CUGGAUCAGAUGGGACCCCUUCCCAGCGCAUGACUGUGCAUCUUUAUUUUUUUUCUGGGUCCUCCAAGCUGUGAGAAGGAAGCCCAUCGUCACGCCCCCAGCAGCCGCAACGACAAGGCAUUGAACGACAUCGACCCGAACGAGUGCCUCCGUCCCCGCUCCCCUCCUCGGGCCCCAAUGGCAUCAUAAUCCUCGAGAGAGACACUGCAGCUCCUCUAUUAAGAGAAUUGCACUUCUGACAGCGCGCUCACGACUCCACAAUGGCGAGCGUCGCGCGGGCCGCCACGCUGCUGGCGCCCUGCCGGGCCGCUGCCGGCACGCGAACAUCCAGAAUCAUCCAGGAGCUUCGUCUCCUCGCACGACAACGGCGUCCGACGCUCCAUGCCCUGUGCCCGCCGUCACGGCUCUUCACCUCGUCCGCCCGCGUCCUCCGAUCUCCCGUCGCCCCGAAAUCCAAAAAGCCCUCCGUCUCACAACAGCCGCCCUCGCCCUCCCCAUCCGCUCCCUCCCGGGCAUCACCGUCGUCGAGCUCACCAUCAUCAUCAACACUACCGCGAUCACCAUCAUCAGCAUCCUCCGCCGCCGCCGCCGCCGCUGUGGCACCCAGCCGCUACGCCUUCAUCAAGAGCCUCGCCACCAAGCAGACCCCGACGCUGCUCUACGAGGCGCCGUCGCACUUCUGGUUCUACUUUGGCUGCUGGUCAAGCGGCCUCUCCAUCGUCGCCUGGACCGCCCUCACGGGCCCCUCGGCCGUCCACCAGCCCGAGGGCGUGCCGCAGUGGGUGGGCGUUACGUUUGGCGCGUCGUACGUGCUCCUCGGCGCCAUGGGCUUCUACCUGCUCUCCAAGACGCCCAACAUCGUCAGCUCCAUACGCGUCCUACCGGCAGCGGCAUCCGGGACCCCGGCCGCCGCCGUCGGGCGCAGCAGCAGCAGUGGUGUUGCCGGCAGGGCCGCCGCGGCCGCGGCGUCGGCAUCCGCGUCGGCGCCCAUGCCGGCCGGCGCAUCCUCCCCUCAGAUCGAAAUCACGGUGAAGCGCAUGGUGCCUCUCCUGGCCCCUAAGGUGGUCACCGCGUCGUUGGACCGCGUGUCCCUCAAGUCGCGCUUCUCCCUACCCGACGAGUACGUGCCCGAGCUGCGCCGCCGCCACGAGGACGAAAUGGCCCGCCGCGAGCGAGAGCGGCUCUGGCGCUUCGACAAGGAGCACCUGCUGACGAUGCCCUUCCGCCGCACUGGCCGCGCGUUUGGCAGCUUGUUCCGCGGCGUCCGCGCGGCGUGGACGGACAUGGGCUUCGGCGUCAUCACCGUCGAUGGCAAGGACUACAAGGUGGACGUGACACAGGGCUUUGCCCACGAUGGGUUCCGCACCCUAGAGCGCAUCGUCGCGGUCGGACCUAAAUGAGGACUCUCGCAUCCCCCCCCCCCGGUACUAGCCCGACCUCUCGGGCCCGCGACUCGUGCGCGGCCACUUGAUUGACUGUAUAGUUGUAUCACAACCCGUGCCGUGUAACCUCAUACGGCGCACGAGGCUAUUGUACUGUACUGCACCGUAUGCCAAUGUACUAUAUCCAUUAUAGAGCGUUUUUGAUUGUCAUCUGACACUUCCUGUGGGCUCGCCGGAUCACAAGCCCAUCACAAUUUGACGUCAUGCGAAGCAUUCGGU